AUGUACUGCUGCGGCGGCGUCGCCCGGCGCCCCACCGGACCUCCGCUGAUCGCCGGAAUCUCUAGGGGAUGGUCUCGAUGCUCAAGCUCCACUCAUGGAUGCAAUGUCGAGGUGAGAAUUCUUUCCUCUAUUUCCUCUCCGUCGACCACAGAGGAAUGCAGCGGCCGCCGCAUUUACUUCUCCCAACCUGGGAAGGAUGCUCCGGCGAGUGGUUUGGUUUUCCAGAAGCCUUGGAUGAGUGCGGCAAGGUGUUUCUCCGGUGACUCUGGUCCGAAGGUGCUUGGAACUUCGGCCGCUAAAACCCUAGUAAAGGGGGAGGUUUUGGGGAACUUCAGGGUUUUCUCCCAUGGAGCUCGAUCGAAGCAACUGGGAAAUGCGUGUUUCUCGAGGCUUCGACAUCUAUCUACGGGAACGCAUCAGAAAUCUGCUGGCGACCGUCCGCGGUUUGCGGCCUGCGCUGACAGAGGAUUUAGAAGAUCUAAGAAAGUGGCAGGAGAGAGGAAUGUCAGCAGCUCAUGGGAGGCUUCGGCCGACAGCUAUUUCUCGAGAGCCAGUGAGACGCCUGCGGCAGACGCCUGGAGGAAUCGAGAUGGGAAGAUAAAUGUACGAGAUUCCAGAAGAAGAAGCCCGAUGGAGGAGCGAAGAUCUGAAAGGGAAUCGCCACAAGAGGAAGAAUCAGAACCAAUUGAUGAUCCGAGAUGGAAAGACAUUAGGGCCAAAUACGACAGGAUCAUUGACAGAGAGUCCCGCUAUGAAAGACCAGAGGUAGCUCGAUGGAAUCGGCAGGAGAGCUGGGGCAGAAACGCAUGGAAGCAGGCGACCGAGUCAUCAGUUCCUAAGAUGGUGGGUGAGUCUGUCUAUGGAGUUAGCCCCGUGUUGGCUGCAUUAACUGCAGGAAGGAGGGAGUUCUACACUCUGUAUGUCCGGGAUGGACUGGAUCUGAGUGGGAACAACAAGAAGAAGAAAGAUAAGAAAGGAAUUGAGAAGAUCCUGAAGAUGGCCGACGAGAUCGGUUUAACAAUCAAAGAAGCCUCGAAGCACGAUCUGAACAUGGUCGUCGACAACCGCCCUCACCAGGGCCUCAUACUCGAUGCUUCUCCAUUGGAAAUGGUGGGCAUAAGGGAGCUGGUUCCUGUGUCGAUGAAUGAAGGAGAGAGGGCCCCUCUGUGGAUCGCCCUGGACGAGGUCAUGGACCCACAGAAUUUAGGGGCGAUUAUCCGGUCUGCUUACUUCUUUGGUGUGGAAGGGGUGGUCCUCUGCGCAAAGAACUCGGCUCCCCUGAGUGGAGUAGUCAGCAAGGCCAGUGCAGGUUCUCUGGAGAUGAUCGAGCUGAGGUCCUGCAAGAACAUGAUGCAGUUCCUGGCCUCGUCGGUCGAGAACGGGUGGCGGGUUCUUGGUGGCUCGGUCUCUCCCAACGCUCUCCCACUGGGCGAGGUUAAGCCAGGAGCCCCAACUGUUCUUGUUCUUGGCAGCGAGGGCACUGGCUUGAGGCCUCUGGUUGAGAGGUCCUGUACUGAUCUUGUGAGGAUACCUGGUAAUGCUCCUGUGGAUGGAGAUGAAGAAGAAGAAGAAGAUGGGGAAUUCCCCAGUCGAGAGUUCAAGCCGUUUCUGGCUGUCGAGAGCUUGAAUGUGAGCGUAGCAGCGGGUGUUCUUCUCUAUCAUUUGGCCGGGAAUGCUGGUGGUCUGAAAGAGUCAGAAAGCUGA